AGCCUACAAGCUGUUGUCAUCAGUCCGCUUGUCCGUGACGUCAUCAGUGAGCGCUUGACUGUAAUGGCGUGUAGUUGUUGUCGUUGUUGUUGAUCAGUGAAACUGAACUAAAGCUCCUGAGAUUUAAUCUGGUUUAUAAAGAGAUUAUUUAGUGUAAUAAUCGCUGCACGAUGGCGGAUGAGGAUGGUGUGAGUGAGGGGAGGAAUUUCUUCAUGACUUACAGUGAUGAUGAAGACAGCAGCAGUGAGGAUGAGGAGAUAAACAGGAGGAAGAAGCUCCGGCUGGAGGAGAAUAAAGAUAAUAAAGCACCUUCAUCAGGAUCAGAUCAGAAGAAAACAGCUUUACCUAAACCUGAUGAUCUGUUUCAGUCAGUCAGUAAACCUGCGUUUCUCUACAAUCCUCUCAAUAAACAGAUCGACUGGGAGAGUCGCACAGUUAAAGCUCCUCAAGAGCCUGCAAGAGUGUUCAAGGUGUGGAAGAGCAACGCUGUUCCUCCUCCUCAGAGUUAUGAGGUGAAGGAGAAGAAAGGCGCCCCUCCUGGUAUGGACAUGGCCAUAAAGUGGUCCAGCGUUUACGAGGACAACGGAGACGAUGCUCCUCACCGCCAAGCUCGCUUCCUGCCAGACGAGGAGCAACCGCUGUCCGACGACGACGACGAUGAUGCCGAUAAGUCGAAGACCAAGUCGGCGAAGAAGUGUCAUGUGGAGACGUUCCAGCAGAAGGAGAAGAGGAAGAGGGAUCUGGGACAGGCUACAUCUGAUAAGAAUUUCGUAGAGGAGGAGAAGAGGAUCCUCAGACAGGGUCAGGAAUGAGAGAAGAAGGAACCUAAGCGUUUCCCAGAGACGCCGCCGGAUCCAUCAGAUACGUUUCCUCAAACAAAGCAGCUCUCGUGCUUCAUCUUUUCUUUGUAUUUUCGUGUUUGUGUGUUUUUGAUGGGUCAGAUUGGAGCAGGACACGUCGUCUACAAAGAUUCAGGUUCUUUUAUGGAGAAAGCAGAAUCCCAAAAUUCUGUUUAUCAGAGAAAAGCUUCAUUAAAUGAUGAACACAGCGGACAGAAGUUUUAUUUUGAUAAAAUCUAAAAAUAUUGUAACAUUUUAUUAUCGGUGCCCAUCAGCAUUACAGAUCUGCACAUCACAGUUCGGGGUUUCUUUUGUUGUAAAAUACAAAGUCCAUUACCAGAGAAGUUCUGUAAAAUUCAAUAAAAAGAGGAAUCUGUGGUGUG